CGGGUCCCGGGGAUCCGGGGGCGGGUCCCUGUCGCGGGCCGUCCCCGCUCCUCCCGCGCGGCCCCCGAGUGCCCAGGCGCGCGGCCAGCCCAGCUAGGGCGGCCGCACUCGGAGCGGCGGGGCGGCGGGCAGCGGGGCCGGGGGCCGCGGCGGGGGCGCCGCCCCCAGCGUCCUUCUGCAACCCCGGGCUCGGGCUGGGCUGAGCGGGCCGGAACCAUGAACCGGAGCUUCCACAAGUCUCAGACCCUGCGCUUCUACGACGGCAGCGCGGUGGAAGUCAAGAGCAAGUUUGGAGCUGAAUUCCGGAGGUUCUCCCUGGACCGGCACAAGCCCGGCCGGUUUGAGGAUUUCUACCAGCUGGUGGUGCACACCCACCUCCUGUCCAACACGGAGGUGACCAUCGGUUAUGCAGACGUGCACGGUGACCUGCUGCCCAUCAACAACGACGACAACUUUUGCAAGGCCGUGUCCAGCGCCAACCCUCUUCUGCGCGUCUUCAUCCAGAAGCGAGAGGAGGCGGAGAGCGGGCUGGCACAGGGCUCUCUGACACGCCGCCGCCGGGCCCUGGCGCUGAGGGAGGAGGCGCCACGCCGCCAGCUGCACAUCGGGCUGCCCCGCGACUUCCGGCCGGUGUCGUCCAUCAUCGACGUGGACCUGCUGCCCGAGACCCACCGGCGCGUGCGGCUGUUCCGCCAGGGCUGCCAGCGGCCGCUGGGCUUCUACAUCCGCGACGGCGCCAGCGUGCGGGUGGCGCCCCAGGGCCUGGAGCGCGUGCCUGGCAUCUUCAUCUCGCGCCUGGUGCCGGGCGGCCUGGCUGAGAGCACCGGGCUGCUGGCCGUGGACGAUGAGGUGCUGGAGGUCAACGGCAUCGAGGUGGCCGGCCGCACGCUGGACCAGGUGACCGACAUGAUGAUCGCCAACAGCCACAACCUCAUCAUCACCGUCAAGCCCGCCAACCAGCGCAACAACGUGGUGCGCGGCCGCCCACGGGCCCCUGUCCCCGAGGAGCUGGACAGCGAGGAGGAGCCCGACCUGGUGCUGGACGGCCCGCAGCCCCGGCCCGGCCUCAACGGGCUGGCUGGCAGGGACGGCAGCGUGCGCCGGCUGCUCAGCUCUCUGCGCGACGACCCGCGCCACAGCCUGGCCCUGCCCCCGGGCGGCGUGGAGGAGCACGGCCCGGCUGUCACCCUGUAGCCCCCGGGGCCGGCGGGACGCUGGGGCUGCCCCAGGCCGGGCCCCUCCUGCCGCUCCGGGCUGGCCGCCCCGGAUGUCCUCAGCCAUUUCGCCGCCC